CACGCCUUAACGUCUAUGGUCACGUGUCAGCCACUGCGAUUCGCUGAAAAGUUUGACUCGACACAAGGAGCCUGCACGGAGCUGCAAGGCCAAAAAGAAGCGGAUAAGUUUUAUUAGUCUGGUUUUCCCUCGAAGCGAACAUGGAAUCCGUAGCUCAGAAAGUGCUCUCGUCAGGAUUCACUCUCGACUUUGGACCCCUGAAGGAGCCUCUAGCGUUCAUCCGUGUGCUAGAAUGGGUUUUUUCCAUAUUCGCCUUCGCUACGACUGGAGGUUACAGCGGGUCCACCAGCUUCAACAUCGUGUGCAAAGGAAGCCCAUCUAAGGAAGUAGUUGCGUUAUUCAACUACCCGUUCAGGUUGAUGGACCAUCCCUAUUCGGUUCCUGGCUGUGGUCCCAACGCAACAACAAAAGACUUCUUCCUGACCGGAGAUCACUCGUCCUCUGCACAGUUCUACGAUCUGCUGGUGACUGCAUCCUUGGCUUUCCUGUGGCUCGUAUCAUCCUCCGCCUGGGCUAGAGGCUUGACUGAUGUCAAAUCAGCCACUAGUUUUGAAACUAUUUCCCAUGUUCUUGAUGUUUGCAAGAAAGACAACACUUGCACCCCAGGAGCUUUGCCCUCUAUGGGCAAAUUAAAUGCUUCUGUGAUAUUUGGAUUCCUUAACCUCAUCCUGUGGGGAGGAAAUUGUUGGUUUAUAUACAAAGAAACCCCUUUCCACAAGACAAACCAGCCUGCCAACAUUGAAGCUGGAGUGACGCCAUCGUAACUGCAGGGCUCCCUCAUUUGAAAAAAAGUCUGAUAUGUGCAGCUGACUGCUCUUUUUGCAGAAAAGAUUCUAGUUUUAUGUUGUUUUGUUUUUUUUUUUUUGCUUAAUCAGACAUUUAUUUUUGUCAUUUCAUCUCAAAAGGUACUAAAAUUUAUUGUUUAGCCAAAUGUUAAUACAGACCGACCCAUGUAGUACUAAAGCAUACAGACUUUUGAGUUUGUAGAUAACACAAGUACAAAUGCAAAACCUGCUUUAACAGCUGCACACCUUUUUCACAGGAUACUGUACAGUAUCUUAGUUCAAUGCAAAUUUUCUGUAAUUAAAUAUUGUACAAAACUCAGGGCUGAUAAGAAUAUUAAUCAGACUUCCAGUUUCAGUUCAAGUGCUUGAAUGUGUUUAGUUAAAACGAAGCCCACGUUUAAAUUAUAUAAAUGCCACUGAGAGAUUAUUAUGUAAAGGUCAAAUUGUUUUUUUUUACUUCCUUUUGCAGUCAUAAUAAUUGUUACAGCAAUGGUAAUGUUUCUAGUUUAGACUAACAUCUGAAUAUUGUGCUGAAUGCAAUGUUUCUGUUGAGUCCGUUAAGAACAUUUUACUGUUACAAUUUCAAAUAAAAAAAAAUAAUUUCUCGUUA